AUGUAAAGGCCAUUAACCAGCAUCACAUCAUCACAACAAUAAUCGAAACUCUAUGAUAGUAGCAGUACAUCCUUUAGAAUUAAGGAAAAUAAGAAAAAUCGGUAAUUGAAAAUGUGCAUGUGUUUAGUUAAAUGCCAUCAUAGAUGCUUUAUGACAAGGAGGGGUUGUACGAGGAAAAUUUAAAGUUGAAGAAGGAAUUGUAACAAGUCAAAUUCGAAUUGAAGAAGGAGAGACAAGAGCAUGCGAAUUUCGAGAAACAAGUCUAGAAAACUAAUGAAACUUAAAAAGAUGUAAUUAUGUGUUGAUUUAGACAGUUUCAAGUCAUCUUGUCUUAGAGAGCAAGAAUCAAAGAGCAGGAUAAAUUAAUUAAGGAACUUGAGGACUAAGUUUUUAAGUUGAAGCGUAAUCCUGAAAGGACCAAGAACAAAGAAUUGGAGGCAGAAUUAGAAGAAUAAAAGGAAGCAUAUCAAAAAUUAUAGUUGUACAUCAGUAGCAAAUGUAGCCAAGACGCAAAUGAAACUAUGAUGGUAAAUCAAUCACUAAAGGAUUAAAUUCAAAUCAAUUUAGUUUAAGCCUACAAACAAGAUAACUUGAAUUUGUCUUAAAUGAUUCUCAGUUUAUAAUAAGAGAAUCACGGAUUGCAAUAGAAUUUGUUGUCUCUCAAGAACGAUAAGGAUAGAUUGACUGGUAGGUUGAAGGAUUUGGAGAAGCAAUUUGACUCUGUUAAUAAACACAUGAUGUAUAUGAGACAGGAAAUGCAAAAUACUAAAAAGUAAACUCCCUCUGAAGACUAUUUGAAAAAGAUAGAUGAAUUGUAAUAAUAGGUUUAAAAUUAAGCCAAAUAAUUAUAAUAAAAUAAAAAACUCAUAGAAGAAUUGGAGUCAAAAAAUGGAGAAUUACAGCAUAAUUAUGAUGUAUUCAAAUCUAUGGAAAGUAAAGAAAAGGAAAAAUUGUAGGAUAGAAUUAAUAUGCUAAAAAAGUAGAUUGAGGAAUUGAAUUAGAGAAGAGAUGAUUAAGAGUAAUCUUAAGAAGGUUCACUCUAAUCGAUCGGACUUAGACAAGCGAUGACUAUUUAUGGUAGUCCUAGAAAUAAUAAUAGUCCUUAGAAACUGCAAUUAUAAUUACCUGUUACAAAUAAAAAACAAUGUUUAAAAGUAAAUUCUUAUGACAUCAAAGAAAUCAUGUGCAAUCUAAAAAUCAAAUUAUUGAGCAAUAAUAUUGAUUACGAAACAUAAGAAUAAAUUUUGUGUGAAGAUGAUGAUGAAUUUUUGACUCUUGAAGAAACUUAAUUGCGUCUAUAGAAAGCACCCUUUGAAUUAAGUGAGGAUGAAUCAAGUCUAUUGGCUAGGUAUUUGAUCGAGGAUAACACUGAGGAUCAUAUUCUAUAUGAUAGAUAGAGGACAUAGACCAAGGUUAUCAUAAAAUCUGUGUAUAAGAAACUAUUAGGAGAAUUUAAUUUGUUUGAUGAAUCGGAGAAGCAAUAAAUGUACGAAUACUUUUGCCAGUUGUUCCAUAAAUAUAAUUAGGGUAUGGAAUCUGCAAUUAAAUAGUUCAAUAUUAAAAAAAAACAUUUGGGAAACAAUUAGUGUGAAUAUGAAGAUUUUAAUGUAAUUCUCAUUAUGUAAUAUAGGAAGCAUUAAAAUAUUGCGAUAUUCUUUUAACUUCCAGACAGAGAUUGUAUUUGGAAUUAGAAAUAUUUUCUGACUCUUAAUAAUUACAGCGAUUUAAUUUUUAGACUCUAUUUUCAAAGUUUAAAUUAAAGGUUUCUGAUUUAGAUAAUAGUAUUAAUUGA